AUGGCGACGACGGUGGCGGUUCCAAGCAUGGCGGAAGAAGGGGAAAAAGCUGUUCGGUGCAAAUUUUGUCAUCAUAUAUCGAAUGGAGGGAUUACUCGCUUGAAGGAACAUUUAGCUCAAACUCAUAAAGGGGUUGCACCUUGUGUUAGUGUUCCGGAUGAUAUUAAGAAAGAAAUUAGAGAAUCACUUGACAAAAUUAGAGCAUCUAAAAGUAAACAAACUGAAUUGUUACGAGAGAUCGGUGAAGGUCCCCAAAGUAUGAGUACACAAUCAUCAAAAGUUGGAAGUGUAGGGGGAAAUUCAAUUGGAUGUUCUGGAUCUGGUAGUGGUGAAUCAAAAGGUAAAGGUACUCUUCAUGGGUUUGUUAGUUCCGAACCUCGACAAACAACCCUAAAUUCGACAUACAAAAAAGAUUUGUUGGUUGAUGUGAAGCGUAGAAUUGGUCGUUUUAUUUACUCUGCCGCACUUCCGUUUAAUGUUGUGAAUGAUCCUUAUUGGCUGCCUAUGGUUGAGGGCAUUGCGGAAUAUGGAAGAGGGUUCAAGCCUCCUUCAAUGCAUGAGUUAAGAACUUGGAUACUUAAAGGUGUGGUUGAUGGCAUCAACCUAAUAUAUGAGGAGCAUAAAAAGGCAUGGAAAAAAUAUGGAUGCACUAUUAUGUCCGAUGGUUGGACGGAUGGAAAGAAUAGAAGUUUGAUCAAUUUUUUAGUAAAUAGUCCCGCCGGCACUUUCUUUUUGAAAUCUAUUGAUGCAUCAGAUUCUAUUAAAAAUGGGGAAUUGAUCUUUAAAUAUCUUAAUGAUGUUGUUGAUGAGGUGGGAGAGGAAAAUGUAAUUCAAAUUGUCACGGAUAAUGCUUCGAAUUGCAUUAAGGCGGGGAAAAAAAUUAUGGAGACUAGACAUAGAAUUUGGUGGACACCUUGUGCGGCGCAUUGCAUUGAUCUAAUGUUGGAGGAUAUUGCAAAGUUGAAGAUUUUUUCUGACACAAUUGAGCAUGCUAAGAUGGUUGUGAAGUUCCUUUAUGGUCAUGGGACUAUACUUUCUUUGAUGAGAAAGUAUACAAACGGUAAAGAAAUUCUCCGUCCCGCUGUUACUCGCUUUGCUACUUCAUUUCUCACUCUUCAGAGUAUGUAUAAGGUUAAAAGGCCACUUGAACAAAUGUUUGCUUCCGAAGAUUGGGUUAGUUCACCACUAUCUCAAACAACUCAGGGGAAGGUCGUGAAGAGAAUUGUUAUUAACGAUCCCAACUUUUGGCCACAUGUUGCAUUUUGUGUUAAGAGUGUUGUUCCUCUUGUAAGUGUGUUAAGGGAAGUUGAUUCGGAGGAGAGAUCGGCCAUGGGAUAUAUUUAUGAACUUAUGGAUAAGGCAAAAGAGACAAUAAAAUUUAAUUGUGGGGGAGUUGACAGAAAUACAAACCCAUUUGGAAAAAAAUUGAUUCACGAUGGACUCCACAACUUCAUCAUCCUCUACACGCGGCCGGGUACUAUUUGA